AACAUGCACGCAUUCAACUAAACCCAUUCAUUAUGCGGCCUCUGCAACUAAUCUCUAUCUUCCUACUUUUCUCACCACUAUUCUCCGCCGCUCAAUUUGCCAAGCCCGGAUGCCUGAAUACCUGCGGGAAUUUACCCAUUCCAUAUCCAUUCGGAGUCGGGUCAAAUUGCUCCCUCAACCCGUAUUUUAACAUCGACUGCAAUACUUCCACUGACCCUCCAAAAGCUUACCUCUCUUUCAUCAAUAAACAAGUGAUUGAAAUCAAUCAAACUUACAUUCGCCUCAUAAACCCCUACAUGAUUUCAGCUUGCUAUGAUUUGUCAGCAAAUGAUGGGCAUAGUUUGAGUUUGAACUUGUCGGGAACCCCCUAUACGUUGUCGUUUGGAAACGUGCUCACCGCCAUCGGCUGUGAUGAUAUGGUGUUGCGAUCCAACGGAAGUUCCGUCUCCGGCGGCUGCUCAGCGUUUUGUGCCAACAAGAAUGGUACAGGUGGCGUCGGGAAUUGCCCAUUUCAUGGUUGUUGCCAGGAAAGACUCGAUAAAGGCACGAGUGUGAUGGAAGCACAAUUAAUUGACUUGAGCGGGAAAUCACAACGUGAGAAGCUUUUCCCAUGCAGCUACGCCUUUAUGCAGGAGCUGGAUGAAACCACCAUAUUUUCGUAUCCGUUGUACUACCUCCAUAACUCAACGGCAUUGGUAAAUGAUAAUUGGGCAUCAGCAACAAGACGACCGGUGGUGCGGCUGGACUGGAUCGUUGGGACUGAGAACUGCAGCCGAGCUAGGAAUUCCGCAACUUACGCGUGCGGAGAUGACAAGAGUGUUUGUGUUGAUGAUGACUCCAAUAGAGGAUACAUGUGUAACUGCGUGCAAGGCUACGAGGGCAAUCCUUACCUACAGGGAGGAUGCCAAACAAUUUCAUUUUCCAGAAGUUCAAUUGCCAAAUCUGGAUGCUUAGAUCAAUGUGGGCAAGUGUCGAUUCCAUAUCCAUUUGGAGUGGGGCCAAAUUGUUGCUUGGAGCCAUCUUUUGAAAUUCUCUGCAACACCAGCACCAACCCCCCAAAAGCCUACCUCGCCAUUUUCAACACUGAAAUCGUUGAGCUGAAUUCAACAAAAGUUUUGGUCAACUAUCUCAACCUAGCUUCAACUUGCUACAACAAUGAAAAUGGAAUAACCAAGGCAGAGGAGCGAAGAUUGACACUUGACUUGAUGAGAAGUCAAUAUAGAUUAUCAGAAGAGAACUGGAUCACUGCCGUUGGCUGCGAUGAUACAGCUGUGGCGGUUAUUGGACAAACAAAUCUAGCUUCUAUUCGCACCGCCUGCGCAGCCAUUUGCUCCGACUCAUGGAUUUACGAAUACGAUAACGCACAGUGCGAUUAUGGAACAACAUCUUUGGGAGGUGAAGCUUGUUGUAGGGUACCAAUUCCAAGAGGCACGAAUUACCUUGAAGCAAAUUUAACCGACCUAAGUGGACGAUGGCCACGUACAAAUUUUUCUUGCAGCUACGCCUUCGUUGAAUACAUUGAAAAAAAUACUAUAUACACUUCUUCAUUUCCCUUGAUGAAUAACUCAACGGGGAUCAUACCUGAUGUUCUGUUCUCGAGAACAAAAUACCCGAGCACAGCAUUGGAUUGGAGGAUUGGUGCGUUGAAUUGCAAAGAAGCGCAAUUAAAUCCGACUGAUUAUAUGUGUCAGGCAAACACUGAUUGUGUUGAUUAUGAUGCUACGCUUGGAGGCUACCUCUGCAACUGCUCCAAAGGAUACCAAGGAAAUGCUUAUCUCCAUCCAGGCUGCCAAGACAUUGAUGAAUGUGCAAAUAAUCCAUGUGAUGCAUAUUCUUAUUGCAAAAAUAUUGCCGGCUCUUUUGAAUGUUUGUGUCUAAGAGGGUAUACCGGUGAUGGAAGAUUGAGCGGAAGUGGUUGCACGAGGUUGCAAUCUCCAAACAUGAUCAAAAUUGUCUUAAUAGGUUUGGGCUCUGCACUGGGACUUGUUCUACUUCUCUUACUAUUUGUUUGGUUGUGUAAGAUAUUAAGGAAGAGAAAGAAUAAAAAGCACAAAGAAGAUUUGUUCAAACACCUUCUCUUGCAACAACAAACAAGUGAAGGCACAUUUGGGAAAACCAAACUCUUCACUGCAAAAGAGUUGGAGAAAGCCACUGAUAAUUUCAACGAAAAUCGCAUUUGUGGACAAGGAGGGCAAGGUAUAGUCUACAAAGGUAUGUUAUCCGAUGGUACGAUCGUGGCCAUCAAGAAAGUAAAGCAAGUUGAUGAGAAGCAAGUGGAGCAGUUUAUCAAUGAGGUUGUGAUAUUAUCACAGAUCAAUCAUAAAAAUGUGGUUAAAUUGUUAGGUUGUUGUCUUGCGACCGAAGCUCCUCAGCUUGUGUAUGAGUUCUUACCAUGUGGAACGCUCUUCGAUCUCAUUCGGGAUCCUAAGAUUGAAUUUCCGCUUACAUGGAACAUGCGACUGAAAAUUGCUGCAGAUAUAGCCGGAGCAGUCGCCUACUUACACUCUGCUUCUGUUCCUAUCUAUCACAGAGACAUUAAAUCCACCAAUAUCCUCUUAGAUGAAAAGUAUGUUAUCAAAGUAUCAGAUUUUGGAAUUUCCAAAUUCGUUGAAGUUGACCAGACUCACUUAACCACACUAGUGAAAGGGACAUUUGAAUAUUUAGAUCCAGAGUAUUUCCAAACGAGUCAGUAUACAGAAAAGAGCGAUGUCUAUAGUUUUGGUGUAGUUCUUCUUGAACUUCUAACAGGACAACAACCAAUCUCUUGGGAAAGAUCAGAAGUGGAAAGAAAUCUAGCCACACAUUUUCUUGCAACCAUGGAAAAAAACAAUCUUGAUGCCAUUUUAGAUACCCAAGUUUUUGAGCAAGGUGCAAAAGAAGUUGUGACAGUAGUCGCAAAACUUGCAAGAAGAUGCUUGAAUGUUAAGGGGAGAAUGAGGCCAACCAUGAAAGAAGUGACAACAAAAUUGGAAAGUUUAAGGAUGUCUCAAAUGCCUUCAACUGUUAUUGAUGAGCCUGAAGAAGAAGAAGCGGUCUCUGAAGCCAAGAACAUGAUAUUUUCAGACGUUGAGUACACAUGGACAAUCAAUCAUCACAACAUGGCCACGUCAUCAUCAGAGGCACAUCCCUUAAUGUCUGAAUGAGUAUCACUUAUGUGUAUGAUUGUUGAUUUAGAUUAAUCUUUUUUUUUAUAGAAUAAAGAAAUUUAAAGGCCGCACCACGGUGGACUCAAAC